AUGACGGGGCAAUCGAAUGACCCAAGCGGGUCCGCUGGCGCGGAGGAGGGUCGUGUGCAGCCCAGACGAAACGGCAACACCGGCGGAAACAACACCGAUGGGCACACCCAUAGUAACCGUCAGGGCGACGGCGGAGCGGAGAGGGCACCCCCGAGCGGCAUCCUGAAGAAGCAGAACAAAGGCCAAGCUAAGACAGUCCAGCUGGCCACCAGUCCAGGGGAAACCAUCCACAUCAUGGAAGCAAAAAAAAUGGCCGCAGAAGCUGCAUACCGAAGGGAAGAAGAAAACACUUACAAAAGUGUGUACGAAGUGCCCCAGAAUGCGGAACCCAACUUUUUUAACUGCGACACUGUUCCGUGGGUAUCUUCCUUUUUUUCUCUCAAAGAAGAGGAUUUCGCCAUUUUUGGAAACACGCUGAGAAGGAGAAAUAUUUUUAAGCGAUGCUUCCAACGUAUUCACAAGAACAGGAGGAGGAGGUGCAUGUCUUUUAACCCGUACAGAGUACCACUAGCAUGUAAGAAAGUAACCCUUGAAGAAAUGCUAAUCUCUGAGCCAAAAAUGAAGAAAAAAAAUAAAAAAAGGAAAAAAAAAAAAAAUCCAAUGCUGCAUCAUAGGCAUUUCUAUAAAAGGUUUAUCCUCAGAGGGGGGAAAAAAAAUUGGUUGGAAACACACCCAUAUCAUUCCAGGAGGUUUCACAUGGCCAGCAUUUAUGGUUAUAAACUUCCCUUAAAGAAUUGCAGUAAAAUUAGUAGGAGGAUUUUCAGGUAUAGUAAAAGAAAGUCACUAAUCCACGACAUGUCCUACGUGGAGAUUAUUCAGUUGACUGCUGAGGAGAAGACCAUAGUCGACAUGCUAAAGACAUGCACAAAUGUGGAACAGGCAAACAUGCUGAGGAGGAAAUACCUGCUGGGGUUUCUCCUGGGGAAGAUGUUUAUCUAUCAGCCCGAUGACGACACGGUAACGAGGAAUGGUGACAACUUUUUUAACGCGAAAAAUGCACUCGUUUGUCCGGCCCACUUUCUGUGGCGUGCCCAUAUUAAUGCAGACAUGUACUUGAAGAAAAAAAAAAAAAAAAAAAAAAUUAAAUUAAAUGUCAGCACCGGUGAGGAGAAAAGUGAAACAUCAGGGGAAGCCGAACAGAAUGGCAACAACAAACAGGAGGAUUGCGAAAGAGACCUGUGGAUAUUCGUGCACCCCCUGUGCUUGCAACACGUCAUGCAAAUAUUUCAAAACAUUAACCGAUCAGUCAAAAUAAAACACGUGAAAGACAUUUGCAUGUACGAGUUAAUUGGACCAGAGAGCCUCCCCCUACUGUUGAAUAUUUUAAAAAUAAAAAACAAGUACACAGUUCAGGACGAGGGAGAACUUUACCGCUUCGACUAUGAGAGAGUGACGCUGCCCUACGACUUUGUCAUUCCGCUGUACGCCCUGCUGCCAAAGGCCAUCGGCCCGUUUUUGCUGAACUAUAAGGUUAGUGACAACGCGGUGAAGAAAUGGAAGAAUGUGCAACGCGGAGAUGGUAAUGGUGGUGGUGCCCAUGAGAAUGGCGCCCCCAAUGGCCACGACGUAGACGUCGACCUGGUCGAAAACGCCCUCGACUAUUUAAGAACAAAAAACGGAAACCCAACGCUAAAAGCGAGCAGCUUCAGCCCCUACGACAAUAACAUCCUGAUGAAUGAAAGGAUCAAACAGAACGUCAUAAAAAGUAUAAAAGUGAACAAAUAUGAGCAUGUCCGGAGCCAAAAAAAGAAAAAGGUGAAAACGUGUAUAUUGAAAAUGCUCCGAAAUAAUAAAAACAUUCAAAGUUAUGAUGUCCUUCGGGAGAAGCGAAUGUCGGGCGUUGCGCUGGGGGACUUGUUCCGAUUGGACGGGGAUGCCCCAACUCCCCAACCGAGGAGAAGGAAGAAAAGACGCUGGCAACCACCGCAGUCGCAACCGCAACCGCAGCAGGGGCAAGGACAGCCCCCCGUCCCAACCCCCACACACGACGAAAACGCAAUACAAAGCUACAUAGAAAAUUUCUUACACAAAUCGGAAAACGAAAAAAAAAAUGGAGAACAAACAAAAAAUGCGCAACGCGACAAGGACGCAAAUGCAGUUUACGCAGAACUGAAAAAAAACAAACUUACCAUCUCGCAAAAUUGUAAAAAGUAUAUUAAGAUUCCCAUCCUGGUGAUCAACCAAACGUGCAACAAUAAUCAGAGGUACUUAAUUCUCUGCCCAGCAAAGAAAAAAAGUUCAGUGCUGUUCCAGCUGCUGGUACGUAAUGGAUCCAUAGCCAUCGGAUUAAAAGAAAGGGAAAAAAUACUCAAGUGUUCAGACUUCCUAUGUUAUCCAAAAGAUUUCCCCGAUUCGCAUGGUGGAAUUUUAUAUAACAAGUUUAGAGAACAGCUAGCCAAAAAUAAAUAUUUUAAAAAGCCAGUAAGGAAGAGAAUUAAUUACUAUUGUCUCGGCAUAAAUAGCCCCUUUAAUUAUUCUUGGUUGUGUAUUUUCCCGUACAAUAGCCACAUAAAAAUUAUAAGGGCCACUGACUCGUACAAUCAAUUUCUGUUGAAGACCUUCCUGCAUCGCUUUUUAUCCAUUUCGUUAAAACGUUUAUGUGUCUUGGACACCCUGGAUGGUUUCUACAGCUUCAUGGAUGAGUUUAAGGCCAAGUUUGCCGUCUUUUCGACCUACUUCAUUUCUGUAUAUGUUCAUGCGUACAGGGAGGGCACACCAAAGCGCCUCUCGCAUGUUUGUUCCCUCAAAAUGGAACAUUUGGUGAAGUUUUUCAUGAAACACGGGGACACGAACAAAAUGACCGAGUGGCUGGUUCACCGAAGAACGGCCAACAGGACCAAGCACGGCAACAAGGUAGAGAAGGUCAAAGAACCAAUCAGCCGCAGAUACAAAAGCAAAGUCAUGAGGAAGAGUGCACCCCCUGAGUCAGCAAAAACAAACGCGCAGAUAUAUCACUUAGCUGAGGAGUCAGACGCCAACCAUGGUGUGGGCAAAGGCGAUGAAAUAAUUUUGGCCUCCAGGAAGAUAAUUGGCUACGUGUCCAGUGGGGGGCACGUCCUCUCGAAGGGCCGCGGAUGCGGAGUUGCACACAUUUCCUUUUUCUUCCUUCUGGAAAAUUUGCUGAAUCACGCAUUUGUCCUGCGCCUGCUUACGUCGGACCAAAUCAAAAUAAAUACCCAGGGGAGGGCGUUUUCCUUCCUGGCGCUCAUCAGGAAUAUAGACUCAGUGUACUACUCUCACGUUUGGCUAGCUCUCAUAACGGAAGAUAAAUAUUUGCCUUUUUAA